AAGCGGAAAAUAUGCGCAUAGUAUAAAUUAACGUGUAAAAUAUUUCGUAAAUACACACCGACGAUUUGAAACUGAGUGUAAACACUGUAUCAUUUGCAGUAUAAUAGAUCAUGUUUUGACGUGUUUAUCAAGUUUGGGAUUUGUGGCGGUUGAAUAAAGGUUGACCGAUGUAUUUCCAGAAAGUGCACUUUUAAAACUGCCCACUAUCUUGUUUUGUUUCAUCAGUAUCAGAGAUUGAUUUGUUUAUUAUUCACUGCAGACAAUGGCGAAUGACUAUUUGAUCUACAAGUGGACGCUCUGGUUCAGAAUGUUUGACUCGAAGAGCUGUGGCAAGAUAGCCAGGGAAGACGCGAGAGAAGAAGAAGAACUUUUUGCCAAACUAAAUCAUAUUGAAGCAGAAAGAAAAAAAGAAGUUAUCAGCGCGUUCGAGGAAUUUUGGGAGGCUGUUGUAUUCCAGAAAAAGCCUGGUCCAAUAACCGAAAAAGAAUUCAUUGAAGCCCACAGACAAGCUUACAGAGCAAACAAGGAUGAAUUUAUCAAAACAAUAACGACUUGUUACGAGACAUUGUUUGACAUAUUUGAUGUAAGCCGAACGAAGACUAUUUCUUGUGAGGAGUUUAUUAAUGGACUCAAAGCUUUCCAUCACGAUGAUAUAACACUAGAGAAAACUUACUUUGAAAGUUAUCAUCCAAAAGACGGUAAAGUGCCAGCAGAGGAGCUUGUUAACUCAUGGGUCAAGUUUGUUACUUGCAACGACAGUACACAGCGGGAUUAUGUCAAAGAAGCGCUGGAAAAUGGACUUUGAUCUUAGAAAUAAUCGGACAUUUAUUCAUUAUUCGACUUACUCCAGCAUGUAGCCUAAAACUGUAGAAAAUAAAAUUAGAACCAUU